GAGAUGCUGCCAGUGUUUGCUGAGCACAUCAGCAGCCAGCCAGCCGGUCGGGGCUCCUGCCUCUCAGUCACACAGACAGCCGCAUAGGAGACAGGCAGCAGCGCUCAGGGCGCACGAGACUCAAACCCAUUCUUAGAUUCUCGCUUUUCGUAAAUGGAUAUAUUCAGAUGUAACGCUGUUUGAGGCCGGGUGGUGUUAAUUUUGGAGAAGAAAAAAAGAGAAACGGGCGAACUUCCUCUUUUUUUAGGUACCCGGUUCGUCUGAAACGUUUGCAGGGAGCCGCUCUCCCCACAGCGUUAGCUCGCUAAGCUAGCUAGCCCGCUAACUUAGCGGUGAGACUUUGUAUCAACGUCAGUUUUCUGCCUCGGAGCUAGCCUGCGGUCUUUUUGCGCCACGGCGGCAGAUUGACGUGACCUAUCAGGACAGGAGCAUGUUUGAGUGACACAUAAAAGAGGAAGUGGGAUCCCUGAGGCCCCGGCCCUCUCUACCAGUGGAGCACCCUGCACAUCUGGCCAGAGACCCCUCCAGUCAUUAGGAAAGGAUGCGAAGGUUUGCUUACUGUAAAGUGGUUUUAGCCACCUCUCUGGUCUGGGUGAUGCUGGACAUGUUCAUUCUGCUCUACUUCAGCGAGUGCAACAAGUGCGAUGAUAAAAAGGAGAGGGGACUACCUGGGAGAGCUGAUGGCCUGUCCAGACCACGGGACGGGCCUGGUGAAGGCGGGAAGCCGGUGGUGAUCCCUAAAGAAGAACAGGAGAAAAUGAAGGAGAUGUUUAAGAUAAACCAGUUUAACCUCAUGGCCUCAGAGAGGAUAGCUCUCAAUCGCUCACUACCUGACGUCCGUCUGGAGGGGUGCAAGAACAAGUUAUACCCUGAUAAUCUUCCUCGCACCAGCGUGGUGAUCGUAUUUCACAAUGAGGCUUGGAGUACACUGCUGCGAACCGUUCACUCAGUUAUUGAUCGCUCUCCACACACACUGCUGGAGGAGAUCGUCCUGGUGGACGAUGCCAGUGAGAGAGAUUUUCUCAAACGGCCGCUGGAGCAGUACGUCAGAAAGUUAGAAGUGCCGGUCAGAGUGGUGAGGAUGGAGCAGCGGUCUGGACUCAUUCGUGCCCGCCUCAAAGGGGCUUCCAUCUCUACUGGCCAGGUCAUCACCUUUCUGGAUGCUCAUUGUGAAUGCACCACAGGGUGGCUAGAGCCUCUGCUGGCCCGCAUCAAACAAGACAAGAGAACAGUUGUGUGCCCCAUUAUCGACGUUAUCAGUGACGAUACAUUUGAGUACAUGGCAGGGUCUGACAUGACGUAUGGGGGUUUCAACUGGAAGCUGAACUUCCGCUGGUACCCUGUGCCUCAGAGGGAGAUGGACCGCCGCAAAGGAGACCGCACGCUACCCGUCAGGACUCCUACCAUGGCAGGCGGCUUGUUCUCCAUAGACAGGGAUUAUUUCCAGGAGAUCGGCACAUAUGACGCAGGAAUGGACAUCUGGGGAGGAGAAAACCUGGAAAUUUCAUUCAGAAUCUGGCAGUGUGGAGGGACCCUGGAGAUCGUCACAUGCUCCCACGUGGGUCACGUGUUCAGAAAGGCAACGCCCUACACGUUUCCCGGAGGAACGGGACAGAUCAUCAACAAAAAUAACCGCCGCCUGGCAGAGGUCUGGAUGGAUGAAUUCAAGAACUUCUUCUACAUAAUCUCUCCUGGUGUGACCAAAGUGGACUACGGUGACAUCUCAUCUCGCAUUUCUUUAAGACAUAAGCUCCAGUGUAAACCCUUCAGCUGGUAUUUGGAGAAUGUCUACCCUGACUCCCAGAUCCCCAGGCACUAUUACUCCCUGGGAGAGAUCCGUAACGUAGAGACCAACCAGUGCUUGGACAACAUGGCUCGCAAGGAAAACGAGAAGGUUGGCAUUUUCAACUGCCACGGCAUGGGAGGCAACCAGGUCUUCUCCUACACAGCCAACAAAGAAAUCCGGACUGAUGAUUUGUGUUUAGAUGUUUCCAAGCUGAACGGGCCCGUCAUGAUGCUCAAGUGCCAUCACCUUAAAGGCAACCAGCUGUGGGAAUAUGAUCCUGUGAAGCUGACUCUGGUCCACGUCAACAGUAACCAGUGCCUGGACAAGGCCAGCGAGGAGGACAGCCAGGUGCCCAGCGUCAGAGACUGCACACACUCCCGUUCCCAACAGUGGCUGCUGCGCAACGUCACACUACCCGAGGUCUUCUGACCAUACAGCGCACCCCCCCAAACGUACACGCCCCCAAACACACAGAGCGGCCCAGAGCAAGCAGUCAGAAGAGCGGGCAUGUUUUAUUCAAUGUGGGCACAAGGACCGAGACUUCUCUGGUGGGGGAUUCAGGAGGAGGGAUGGGACGGUACUACCUCUGCCAGAGAUCAGAGGAAGGAGACUCUUCAAGCUUCCUCAGAGUGAAUAGAGAGGACUGUAGAGACUCUCUAAGAGAUCAUAUCUGUCGUUUUACAUUUGCUUUUUUUUUUUUUUUAAGAAGAGAUUCUAGAUGUUGCUGUCUCCGGCGAGUGGAGUCGAGGUUCUGCACACAGCUUCCCCUCAGCUCAUCACUUAACGUUUACUGACUGCCUCCGAUCUGUGUGCGUGCACUUAUCUGUGUGUUUGACCCGAGAUGAAUGUAUGCUUUUUGAAGGGGCCUGAAUAUUUGUUUUUGUUGUUUUCCUUUUUUUUUUAUUUAAUUUUAUAACUUGUAUUGAUCAUGGACUCUUAUGAAGAAGGAUGCAUGUCUGACUGCGUGUGUGAGAGAUCACGUCUGGUGUGUGCCUGCGUGUGUGGACGUGUCAGAGCCCCUCCUUUGCAGUCUUGUAACAGUGUAUGUCCCCCUCUGGUGUUACUUCUCGGUAUCUCGUCUUACAGACUGUAAUCUAAAGGAGGGCACGUAAUAUAGACAAAAAGAGGAAGCUCAAACCGACGUCUGCCAACAGCAGAAAUGUAGAGAUAGAGAAAUAUGUUUGUGAUAUCUUCAGAUUUCUAUGUCCAGUUUUUACAUGCCUUGUCUGUUUCUACUGUUUCAGUAACCUUUAGUUUCUCCUUUUCAUCAUACAGCAAAUGCACUCUCAAGCACAUCAACAGGCUUCUUGGAUAUUAAACUGAUACUGCCUACUGUAGUGUUUAACUAUGAAAAGCUGUCCCAUAAAACACUACAGAGCUACACUCUCUCUGCAGAAGGCCGUCCACACAUGAGCAUCUCAGUAAAUAAAAAUGUCAGACAAAAAUAUGAACCAUCAAAAAGCUAAAAUUCUUAAUUAAAUUAAUUAUUAAUUUAGUGCUUGAAGCUAAAAAAAAAGCAGUUUCUCAGAAAAAAUCCGAUUUUUUUCCCAUACGAAUUGCAGGUUGUUGAAAAGCGUUUCUAUAUACACUCAGCAGCCAGAUCUUUGAACACAGAAGAUUGCAUCAGUGCCACAAGGCCUGGAGGUAAACUACUGUUUUUGUUUUGCUUGUGCUUCUCCUAUCAUCCUGCAAACUUAGGGACGAUGAUUUGCAUAUGAAAUGAAAAUCAUUUGUUUCAAAUGAGGACUGGAUCGCUGAACAUCAGUCAUUCCUCUCUUUAAUCCCUGGUAAGACACUUCUGGGGUAUCUUAACAUGAAUAAAAAAUGCAGCUUAACUUCCAGAUACAUCAGUAGGUGGUGACUGUUAAUUGAGUGUACUUUUGAUUCUCCUUUAGUAUCAAAUAGGUUUUCUUUCAUUACUCUCAAGGCUGCUGAUAGCACUUUAUUUCAAAUGAAUUUUUUUUUUUCCUUCCAGUAAGCUUCCCAUAUGCUUGGAUAGAGAAUCCUAAUCAUCCAGCUUGUUUUUCCGUUUUGAUAUUUUGUGACUUCCUCCACAUGGAAGCUGUCAUUGAUUCUCUGCUGGAAACCAAACCAGUCAGCAGCCUUCAAAACCAAGCUGAAAAAAGAUGUUUAUAAAAAACAUCUUUAUCAGUCUAAUGCAACUUUCUAACUUUCUGGGAACUGCAUUUUAGUUUCAUUACCUGUUCCAAAAGAAUCAAAAUAACAGGUCUUAAUUGCUAAAUGUUUAGAAUGUGUUUUAAGUUACUGAAAUGAAUUUACUUCCUCGUUAAAUAUCUAAUAUGCUGAGAUGCAAAUGUUAUCCCAUAUCGACCUCUUUAAGGAAAUACACUCCAAGGGCCUCUUUUCUGCAGUGGAGUUUGUGGAUGCUUGUGAGCAUGUUCAGAACGUAUCCCAGUUUUUCACCUCCAUGCAUUCUAGGUAAAACUUGAUUUUAAUAUUUGUUUUUAAUUGUAUUUUGGAGAGCAACAAGCCCAUACUGCAGAUUAAUGCUCAGCAUAUCCCUUUCAUAUCAGCCUACACGCAGCAGUACAACUGCUGUUGGGACACAUAAGCAGCAUUUAUUUGGUGUUUUAGGAUAAAUAAACUAAGAGAAUAAGUAUGGGAGGCUGGAGAGAGCAGACUAUAUAUCUUAACUCAUAAUCACUUCAUUUGUUGCAAGUUUACCUACAGAACUUCUGAGUUCAUAUUUUGAACAACAGAAACGUGUCAUUAUCAUUUCAAAUCAAUUUUGUGUUUUAUUGUUUUUAAUUUUUUUGUCACUCCUGCUGCUGUAAGUCAGAGCUUGAGUCAUUUUGUAAAAGUUCAAAACGUUUCAGCUUCCUUUAGUGGGGGAAGGUUUACACGUGAUGCAGACUUUCCUAUCUGAGCACCUAACUGUGACGGUGAAGAUGCUUUUGAUGGUGAGACCGGGGAGUAUCAUUUGUUCCCAUGCUGGGGGCCGGGAGAGGGCAAGGUUAAAGGAACUGACAUGUCCAGGCUUCCACAUUGAGCUGAUCCAAAUGUAGAAAAUAAAGGUGAAAAGGUUUACAGAACAA